AUGGACUCUUCAUCCCCUGCUUAUGACUAUUGCACAAGGAAGCAUAUCUCGCACCUAGUCCCAAAGACAAGAUGGGGGAUAAUUGCCAUAACUGUUGCCGUGUCUCUUAUUGAACCCACUACUACAGGCAUGGAAAGCUCCAUCAUGGGAGCAAUCAACUCACUGCCACAGUACAAAAGCUACUUUGAUCUCAAAGAUCAUACAAUAGGCUUAAAUUCAGCUGCAGUGUGGAUAGGACUGUGUCUGACUUUGCCGUUUGUUCAGCAGAUGUGUGAUGGACUGGGAAGACGGAAAACAAUUUUUUAUUCUCUUGCACUCAUGGUUACUGGUAUUGUGCUGUCUUCAUGCUCCGUCCAUAUCGCCAUGUUUGUUAUUGGACGCAUUGUGCUUGGAAUGUCUUCGGGAAUAUUUGGGUCCGCUGCAUCUGUGCUGGUUGCAGAGGUUUGUCCGCCCAAACACAGAGGACUGAUUCUUGGACUGUUCCAUUCAGGAUACUACAUUGGCUCGCUGCUUUCCUCAGCAAUCACUUAUGGAACACGAGAUAUGGCCAACGAUUGGAGCUGGAGAGUACCUUUGAUUUGUCAGAUAGUCCCUACCAUCAUAUGCUUUACAGUCAUUUUGUUUGCACCAGAAUCUCCUAGAUGGCUUGUAAUGCACGGGAAAGAAGACGAAGCCCGGGAGAUCUUUUAUAUUCUUGAAGGCGGAGACACUGCAAGGGCAGAAUCGUUAAUCAAAGAAGUCCACGAAUCAGUGAUAAAAGAAAGCAUAGUUGCCAAGGGACUCGGAUUGUGGAGAAGACAGUUCUCAACAAAAGCUAAUCUCAGAAGAGCUUUCAUAUUACUGAAUGUCGGAAUCUUGUGCGAGUUAGGAGGUUCAAACAUUGCUACUUACUACUUCAACAUUCUACUGAGUUCUGUUGGCGUUACAAUUGUUCGCACACAAUUGGAGGUUAGUAUGAUAAGAUCUGCCUGGUGUCUUGUCUGUUCCCUGGCCGGAUGCUACACUUUUGAUAUCAUUGGUCGAAAGAAGCAGGCUUUUAUUGCAACUACUGGCUUGAUUGUUUGUCUAUAUAUUUUGGGUGGUUUGGUCAAAAAGUUUCAAGAAGAUGGAAGAACAUCCACAGGAUAUGGUGCUAUUGCGUUAAUGUUCCUCUUCACAGGAUUUUACUCGUACUGUUACACUCCUUUAUUAUAUUUAUAUGCCCCAGAGCUCUACACCAACCCGAGCCGUUCAGUUGGAAAUACCAUCCUGAAAGCAUGUGAUUACUUUUCAGGUCUUUUUGCAACAUUUGUGCUUCCAAUAGGAAUGAGCAACUUGACUUGGAAGUUUUAUAUGAUCACUGCUAGCUACGACAUGAUAUUUUUGCCAUUUAUCGCUUUCACUUGGGUCGAGACAAAGGGAGUGCCUCUAGAAAAAAUCUGCGAGCUCUUUGACGAUGAUCCUGGGACGCUGGACUGGCAGGAACCACAACUUGAAUCAGGGGUAGAAUACGUCACCGUGGAUAUCUCGGACAAGAAGAAAUAG